AUGGAUCCCCAUUCCGAUCGACAUCCAGACACCAAGAUGGUCACUUCAGACCCGGAGAAGCCCAUUAGCGACGAGGAGCAGUUGGCAGCACUUGGUCAUGUGCAAGAGCUCCGCCGACAAUACCAUUGGGUGCAUUGUCUCAGUCCACCUUCCUACCGAUCAACUGCGGCCUGGUUCACUGGCUGGAUUUCCAUCGGUGGCCAGCUCGUCCUUUCCGCUUCCGCCGCUUUCGCUGCUGGGCUCCAGCUGCAGGCGCUGAUUACCCUCAACCAUCUCGAUACAUAUGUGCCACUGCGAUGGCAGGGUAUGCUUUUCUACUGGGCGAUCCUGGCAUAUUCUACAGCGGUUAAUGUAUGGGGAUCUAAGAUUCUACCACAUACCAAUCUCAUCGCAGGAGUACUGCAUGUUGUUGGUUUUAUUGUUAUUGUUUCAGUCCUUGGCUCAAUGUCAUCGAAGCAUACUGCAACAUAUGUCUUCACUGAAUUCUCCAAUAGCAGCGGAUGGUCCAAUGACGGGGUCUCCUGGCUAGUUGGUUUGCUGAGCACAGUAUACCCCUUUCUCGGGUAUGAUGCAGCUUGUCACCUGAGUGAAGAGCUUCCUAAGCCAUCUCGAAACGUCCCCUUGGCUAUGAUUGGAAGCGUUGCGAUCAACGGACUCAUCGGUCUAGUAUACACCAUCGUCCUACUUUUCGCUCUGGGGGAUCUCAACGGUCUUCUGGAAUCAAAGAUCGGCUUCCCGUUCAUGCAGCUCUUCCUCAACGUCACCGGAUCUCCGGCUGGGGCAUCCAUCCUUGCUCUGUGUAUUAGCUUGAUCGCGCUCGCCGCAAACGCAGCCGGCGUGACCUCAACAAGCCGCACGGCGUGGGCUUUCGCUCGGGACAACGGUUUGCCAGCAUCGGAAUUCCUGUCAGUUGUCAACCCAACUUUGAAGGUUCCGGUUCGCAUGGUGCUACUCGUGUCUUUUUUGCAGAUGCUGCUAGGACUGAUCUACCUCGGUAGUUCCACUGCAUUCAAUGCCGUUCUGUCCAUGGCCAUCCUGGGAAUGUAUGCAUCUUACUUUUCGCCAAUUCUCUUUAUGCUGCUCUAUGGCCGCCGCUCCUCUAGUCCCAUAACCCGAGGACUUGGAUCGGGUCCGUUUAAUCUUGGGAACCGGUGGGGGCCCGUCGUGAACAUCGCAGCCAUGUUGUGGCUGGUCCUUGCGAUGGUCUUUAGCACGUUCCCCACAGUUGAACCAGUCACCCCAGUCAACAUGAACUACUGCGUGGUCGUCACAAUGGGAUGGAUGUUAGCUAGUGGCAGUCUACUAGAUGAACGCAAUAAUAUUCUUGAUGAUCGAUACUAUUUUGAGAUUAUGCAUGUUCCCCAUCUGGGGGGCAUUGAUGCGGCCUAUCAAAUGCCCGAGGCCUAUGAUUCGAACAAGCCAACGCUGGUACUAGUCAACGCUUUCACAACAUCUUCAGAACUUUAUCGAGCUCAGUUCAGUGACUCGAGACUGACCGAUCAGAUGAAUCUGGUUGCAAUCGAGUUACUAGGUCAUGGACAGACUCGCACGGCUCGUGAGCAGUGGACAUACUGGGAUACCGCGGAGAUGAACUUGCAGGUUUUGGAUGCAUUGAAGGUUGAUCGGGCAUUCGUCCUGGGCACCAGCCAAGGUGGAUGGGUCACCGUUCAAAUGGCUCUACUGCGGCCGGAGAAGAUCGUGGGGGUUAUUCCUCUGGGGACCUCGAUGGACAGCGAAUCGGAUCGAAGUCGUAAACUGGAAUGUUGGGAUGGCCCGGCAAUUGUUUCCAGCUUUGUGGCACAGUGGGCAGCCAGCCAAGGUGAUCCCAACUUCGAACCGGACGAGAGCUAUUGUAACGCAUUGAUCAACAUCGGGUUCAACGAAUGCUCGGAUGAAAUUCGGACUUUCUGGCAGUCGACCCUAAAAUCCACAUAUCGUGGAGAGGAGGGUCGACGCCGGAUUCGCAUGGCCGCAAUCAACCUAGCCGAGCGUGGGGGGGCUUCACCUGCGACUUUCAGACGUCAAAUGCCCCGUCAGAUGGCUACAUAUGCCGUAUACUCGGUGGCUAAUGCGAAAGAGGAGAUUGAGAUGUUCGCCAACUCGCCGGAUGCACAGUUGGUGCCAGUGGAGGGAGGUGCCCAUUUUUUGAACUGUUCUCAUCCGGCUGAGGUAAAUCAGGCCAUUUUGGAAUUCGUGGGCAAGUAUAAGUAG